AUGUGUUGCGGAAGCUCUAGGGACAAAAGGGCGGCCAAGAGUCUUGCGCGUAAGACGGCUUCUGAGUAUAGAAAGUCUGCUAUUCCAAACAUGGCGGCCCAGCCCAUGAGGGCUUCUACCCCGAAGAUGGCUCCUGGCGUCGCAAACGCUGGCCGCUGGCCUCCCAAAAGCUUCGCAGAGCCUAGCCGAAAUUCCCUCGAACAACUCAGGCAGCAGGUGCAGAAUGACAUGGCCGCGAGUCCUGUCAGGGUGAACACGCCCUCACGGCCUGUUCACUACGAACAAUACCAAAGACCCGCGGAAACAAAAGAAGAUAUCUGGGCCCGUACUCUCAGACAAAAGAAAUCACGAGGCUCGAAAUGGCGAUAG